AUGUAUGUAGUGAAGAAGUCCAGAAAUACCCGGCUCCGUGCUCACCUCUUCAACUCUACCGUACUUCCCGCUUUGACCUAUGCUUCGGAAACCCGGACACUUCGCAAACAGGAAGAAAACGCGGUGAGCGUCAUUGAACGCACAAUUGAGAGAGUGAUGAUAAGAGUAUCCCGUUUCACGCAAGUGAGGGACGGGAUUCAAAGUUCUCUCCUACGUCAGCGAUCGAAGAUUAGAGACGCCGCCGCGUUUACCAAGGAAAGUAAAAUAAAGUGGGCCGGACACGUGAUGCGUUUUAACGACAACCGUUGGGCCAGAGCCGCGAGCGACUGGGUUCCCCGCGAUAUUAAGCGUACUACAGGAAGACCGCCGACCCGAUGGUCAGAUUUCCUCACGAAAUCCUUCAAAGAAAAUUAUGAUGCUCUUCGUGUCCCACGCGAAAGGAGGAAUCACUGGGCUACUCUGGGAUGCGAUCGGGACAAAUGGAAGAAUUACCGACGUCCUCUGUAA